AUGUGGUUGGAAAAUCGUGCUUUCAAGGCGUUCUUUAAGGAAUGGUGGGAAAAUGCUCGUGUCCAUGGGUGGGAGGGUUUUAAGUUUAUGCGAAGGUUGAGAGGAGUCAAGGAAAAUCUUAAAAUUUGGAAACGUGAAGUUUUUGGGGAUACGGGUGAGAUGAAAGCAGAACUAGUUCGGGAGAUUGGGGAAUUAGAUGUGAAGGAGGCCAGGGAGGGCUUAUCUCAAACGUUAAGAUUUUAUCGUAGAGUUGCGUUGGGGAAGCGGAAGAAGAGUUUUAUUAAGAAUUUGGAAGUGGCUUCAGGCGAAGUCGUGUGUAAGGAGGAGCUUAUUGUCAAGGAAAUUUUUAAUUCUUAUUCAAAUCUAUACUCUGAUGGGGGUGUGGAUCGUCCAGGGAUUAAAGGCAUUAAUUGGGUCCCAGUGGAUUUAGCGUCUGCUAGUUGGUUGGAAAGACUCUUCGACGAAGAUGAGGUGAGACAGGCUGUAUUUGAGUACGAGAGAGACAAGGCUCCUGGCCCAGAUGUUGCUGAUGUGUUGGGUAGGAUUAUUGACUUAGCUAAGGAUAAGGGUGUCAUUGAAGGGUUUGUGGUGGGAAGGGAUGGGAUAGUUGCGACUCACUUACAAUUUGCGGAUGAUACUAUUUUCUUGUCAUUAAAGGAGGAAAGUAAGGUGGGGAGUCUGCUGAAGAUUCUAAGAAUUUUUGAAAUAGUGUCGGGCCUCAAGGUCAAUCUUAGUAAAAGCAGUGUUGUGGGUAUUAAUUUGGCCGAUAGUCAUGUGCAUAGAGUGGCGGCCAUGUUGGGAUGUUCAAUUGAUUCCUUUCCCCUCAAAUAUCUAGGGCUUCCGUUGGGAGGAGAUCCUAGAUUGGUGUCUUUUUGGGAACUUGUUCUUGUCAAAAUUAGGAAAAGAUUGGAGGGAUGGAAGCGAGCUUUGUUGUCUAAGGGAGGGAGGUAUACGUUGGUACAAUCCAUAUUAGGAUCUGUUCCUAUUUAUUUCCUGUCCCUUUUCAAAGUUCCGGUUAGCAUUGCAAGAAAGAUUGAGAAAUUGAUGAGGGAUUUUCUCUGGGAAGGGUGUGAGGAGGGUAAAGGAGUUCAUUUGGUUAGGUGGGAGACUGUUUCUCUUUCUAGGGCAAAAGGUGGCUUGGCUA